CAAGGGUGAAGCGCCUCAGCUAGAUCCCGGGAGGGGCCGGCCUGCCGUCCUUUCCCUCUGCUCGGCUGCGCUUCCGGGAAGGGAGCGCGGCGGCCGGCGGGGCAAAGUCAUUCUGCUGACAUCCCCCAGACUGGCUGGCAGGUUUAAAAGCCAGUGUGCACAGACAAAAGCAAGCUGCAGGUACCACUGAAGGUCUGUAGACUUAGAGAAGGCUCAGAAGCAUGGAAAGCCUCUGCACAGCAAACAGCACUUUUGCUGUGGACCUGUUAAGAAAGCUGUGUGAGAAGAAAAGUGGGCAGAAUGUGUUCUUUUCACCAUUUAGUAUUUCUUCUGCUUUGUCUAUGGUUUUGCUGGGUUCAAGAGGUAGCACUGAAGCCCAAAUGCUUAAGGUUCUUUCUCUGAAGAAUGCCCAGGAAGCUCACAAAGGGUAUCAGUCCCUUUUCUCUGAAAUUAAUGAUCCAAACACCAAAUACAUCUUGAGAACUGCAAACCGGCUCUAUGGAGAAAGGACCUUUGAGUUUCUUCCAUCAUUUAUAGAGUCCAGUCAGAAAUCCUACCAUGCUGGCCUGGAACAGAUGGACUUCCUGCAUGCUUGGGAGGAUUCCAGGAAACAAAUCAAUGUCUGGGUAGAGGAAAGGACUGAAGGUAAAAUUCAGAACCUGUUGGAAGAGGGGACUCUUGAUUCCCUGACCAGGCUUGUGUUGGUAAAUGCCAUCUAUUUCAAAGGCAACUGGGAAAAGCCGUUCAGGAAAGAGAGUACCAGAGAGAGGCCAUUCCAAAUUAAUAAGAAUGAAACCAGACCUGUGCAGAUGAUGUUCAAGGAGGCAAAUUUUAACAUGACCUACAUUGGAGACUUCCAGACCAAAAUCCUGGAGCUCCCCUAUGUGGGUAAUGAACUGAGCAUGAUCAUCCUGCUCCCUGAUGCAAUCCAGGAUGGCUCCACAGGCUUGGAAAGACUGGAAAAAGAACUUACAUAUGAGAAGUUGAUGGGUUGGAUCAGUCCAGAAAUGAUGAAGUCUGCACACAUGAGGGUGUGUUUACCCAGAUUUAAACUGGAAGAUGGUUACAAACUUAAGCGCAUUCUGAGCAGCAUGGGAAUGCCUGAUGCAUUUGUCUCGGGCAAGGCAGACUUCUCAGGAAUCUCCUCUGGCAACCAUCUGGUGCUCUCAGAAGUGAUCCACAAAUCCUUUGUGGAAGUCAAUGAAGAAGGUACUGAAGCAGCUGCUGCCACAGCUAUACGGAUAUCGGGUUGUUCCGGCGUAAUGUCCACUACAGAAUUCACUGCUGAUCAUCCUUUCCUCUUCUUCAUCCGGCACAACAAAACUUCCAGCAUUUUGUUUUCUGGCAGAUUUUGCUGUCCCUAAGGAGGAGAUGUCUUGGCUGCAUAGAUGCCAUCACACAAUAAAUUUAUGUUUCCCUAGAACAAGAUGACUCAUUCUGCACUGAUUGUCUCUUUCAGCUGUGCCUGCAGUGUCUUCCGUGAUCUUUAUAUCGGGCUUGGCAGGAAUAAGAGAGCUGCUUAGACAAACACAGUACCUGUCAUGUCCAACCCCUCCUGUGCCUGUAUGCAGAGAUCUCCUGGUUCUUGCUGACACAAGAACCAUCCCACUUGCUCCGUGAGUGCUUCUUCUGUGCUUGAGUUCACUUUUGGUAUCCAGCAGGCAGAGUCAGGCAGUGAGAGCCCAUGGGAGUGAAGGUACUUUUUGCUUGUGACAAGGCUGGAGCACAUGUAGCUUCCCUCCCCUUUUAGGUUCCAGUCUCCUCCAAUGAGUGCUUUAAUACAUUGCUUGGAGCUGAAAGGAGUUUUUGGCAGCCUUUUCCAGAUAUUGCUGAACAUGCUGCAUAGAUUGGAGUUUUUGACUAACACUUGGGCCAGCUCUUAGGCAAGAAUGGCAAUGAAAGGAUGUUUUUGUACCAGAUGCCCCUGGGAGGUGUUUGUGUUGUAAGUACCACUAUUUCCUCACUCCAGGACACCUGUGUUUAUUCCCUGUCCCCUGGUUCUGGUCUUUUAACAAAGAAUGAAAUAAAAGGGCACAUGGUGCCUAUGCAAUAUUUGAAGGAGAAAGUAAUAAUAUUUUAUCAUAAUAAAAUAAUAUUUAUGUAUAUGUUUAUCCUCUUAAUAUUUUCUUAAAUACCAUAGUUUACCUGUAGAAUACGAAAGACAGAGAUGAAACAGCUUUCCUUACAUUGGGAUGUAUUUUGUGGAUCCUGUUCCCGAAAUAAUAAAAGAAGUAUAAGCACUG